AUGAAGCUCGCGUUGACCUUUUUGCUUGCUCCUGGUGUGGCAGUCUCUGCAGUUGUGGUUACAUGCCAGACUACAGCCACGAUAUGCACCACACAAACUGCGAAUGAAGCAGUAGCCAAUGCACAGCUCUACCUCGACAACUUUGGCCAACAACCUGCCGGUGCAGAUUUCUAUUUGUGGACGGGCAUCAUAUCGGGAUCAAGUAACCUCGGAACGUGUGGUGUUCAAUUGCGCUCCGACGCGUAUCACCCUAGCUCGGUUCAAGCCAAUAUCACCAAGAAUGUGUGGAACAUUGCAAGAAUAAGCGCGAUUAACUCAUGCAUUGUCCAGGGCAAGCAAGCGAAUGUAGCCUUUGACGACGUGAAGAGAUUCGAGGGACCCACUAUCUGGUUUUGGAAGUAA